AUGAACAAGCUGUACAUCGGGAACCUAAACGAGAACGUGACUCCGGCCGACUUGGAGAAAGUCUUCAACGACCACAAAAUUUCCUUCAGCGGGCAGUUCCUGGUCAAGUCCGGCUAUGCCUUUGUGGACUGCCCCGACGAGCAGUGGGCCAUGAAAGCCAUCGAAACUUUUUCGGGGAAAGUGGAGCUUCAUGGAAAACAGCUAGAGAUUGAACAUUCAGUACCUAAAAAGCAAAGGAGCCGGAAAAUUCAAAUCAGAAACAUCCCACCCCAGCUGCGAUGGGAGGUCCUAGAUGGUUUGCUAGCCCAGUAUGGCACUGUAGAAAACUGUGAACAAGUAAACACAGACAGCGAGACCGCCGUUGUUAACGUCACCUAUGCAAACCGGGAGCAGACCAGGCAAGCCAUCAUGAAGCUGAAUGGGCACCAGUUGGAAAACCACGCGCUGAAGGUCUCCUACAUCCCUGAUGAGCAGUCCAUGCAAGGGCCAGAGAAUGGGCGGCGGGGUGGAUUUGGGGCACGUGGUGCUCCCAGGCAGGGUUCCCCUGUCACCGCAGGGGCACCGGUCAAACAGCAGCCAGUUGACAUUCCCCUCCGUCUCCUGGUGCCCACACAGUAUGUGGGUGCUAUCAUCGGCAAGGAAGGGGCCACCAUCAGGAACAUCACCAAGCAGACGCAGUCCAAGAUUGAUGUGCACCGAAAAGAGAAUGCAGGAGCUGCAGAAAAAGCCAUCAGCAUCCACUCCACCCCUGAGGGCUGCUCUGCUGCCUGCAAAAUGAUUUUGGAGAUCAUGCAGAAGGAGGCAAAGGACACCAAGACAGCUGAUGAAGUGCCUCUGAAAAUCUUGGCCCAUAACAACUUUGUGGGGCGCCUGAUUGGCAAAGAAGGGCGAAACUUGAAGAAAGUGGAGCAGGACACAGAGACAAAAAUCACCAUCUCAUCAUUGCAGGACCUGACUCUGUACAACCCUGAAAGGACGAUCACAGUGAAGGGCUCCAUCGAGAACUGCUGCAAAGCAGAGCAGGAGAUCAUGAAGAAAGUGAGGGAAGCCUACGAGAAUGAUGUAGCAGCCAUGAGCCUGCAAUCUCACCUCAUCCCUGGCCUUAACCUGGCUGCUGUUGGCCUCUUCCCUGCCUCCUCCAAUGCAGUACCUCCUCCUCCUAGCAGUGUCUCUGGAGCCACGCCAUACAGCUCCUUUGUGGUAGUAACACUGUACCUGCAGCCUCCGGAGCAAGAGACCGUGCAUGUCUUCAUCCCUGCGCAGGCGGUUGGUGCGAUCAUUGGCAAGAAGGGCCAGCACAUCAAGCAGCUCUCCCGGUUUGCAAGUGCCUCUAUUAAGAUUGCACCCCCAGAGACGCCGGACUCCAAAGUGCGCAUGGUCAUCAUCACGGGCCCUCCAGAAGCUCAGUUCAAGGCACAAGGCAGGAUUUAUGGGAAGCUGAAGGAGGAAAACUUUUUUGGACCGAAAGAAGAAGUAAAGCUGGAGACACACAUCCGGGUCCCUGCCUCAUCUGCGGGGAGGGUCAUUGGCAAAGGAGGCAAAACUGUCAAUGAGCUGCAGAACCUGACAGCAGCAGAGGUGGUGGUACCACGAGAUCAGACCCCUGAUGAGAACGAGCAAGUUAUUGUGAAGAUCAUCGGGCACUUCUAUGCCAGCCAGAUGGCACAGCGCAAGAUCAGAGACAUUCUGGCCCAGGUGAAGCAGCAACAUCAGAAGGGACAGAGCGGCCAGCUGCAAGCAAGGAGGAAAUAA